CAUCUUGUGGACACAUACAAUGGCGCGUUUAAAAACAAACAACACACCGACCUCGAUGUAGGUAUAUAUGACGGGGGAACUUCGAAUGCGGUUCUCUAUUAUCGCGCGUUCCGCUCGCGAGACAGCCACGCUUAAUAGCCAAUUGCCAUUUGGAUGUAUCGGGCAUGGUGCCGAGACAUUUUUACCUUCUCAGUGCUAUCGCUGCAAUUGUCCCGUUGCAGUCGGGCGGACAAUUGUCGCCGGAAAAGUCCCGCAGUGUUUACGGCGAUGGCGUGAGCGGACACGAAUUGACUAAUAUAUUUGGGCUGGGUAUCGGAGCCUUGAAUUUCCUACAGCAAGGUCAACGUGAUACGAACCAGCAGAUACCGGACGCAGUUCCGGAGUUCGGAGCCGUGUACGAUUUCGUGGUGAUUGGCGCGGGCACGGCCGGUGCCACGACAGCUGCGAGGCUUAGCGAGAUCCGUGAGGUCGAGGUGUUGCUGAUCGAAGCUGGAUCUGAUGAGAAUUUGCUCAUGGACAUCCCGAUUCUCGCUCACAUGUUGCAGCUAAGCAACGAUAUCAAUUGGAAGUACCGAACGAAAUCGUCCGACCGAUACUGCCUCGGCAUGACCAACAACAGGUGCAACUGCCCUAGAGGCAAAGUGAUGGGUGGCAGUAGUGUGCUGAACUACAUGAUCGCAACAAGAGGCGGGGCCGAGGAUUACGACCGAUGGGCUGAGAUGGGUAACGAGGGCUGGGCUUACAAGGACGUACUCGAAUACUUUAAAAAACUGGAAACGAUCGACAUCCCAGAGUUGCAAUCGGACGCUACUUACCAUGGAAGUAAGGGACCGUUGCACAUCUCUUAUCCGGUAUUCCGCACACCAUUGGCAGAGGCCUUCCUAGAAGCUGGCAAGGAGCUGGAAUACCCGCUGUUAGAUUACAACGGGAAGAAUAUGAUAGGGUUCUCGUAUUUGCAGAGCACGAUCGCAAAUGGCAGCCGUCUAAGCAGCAAUAGAGCCUACCUACAGCCUGCGAGAGAUCGCCAAAAUCUUCACGUGACACGCAAGAGCACGGUGAGAAAAGUACUGAUUGAUCGUCGCACGAAUCGGGCGAUCGGUGUGGAGUUUGUUAAACAUGGUCGAAUUAUUCACGUGUUUGUGAGGAAGGAAGUGAUUUUGUGCGCGGGUGCUAUUGGAUCACCUCAAUUACUGAUGCUUUCUGGCAUCGGACCAGUCAAACAACUAAAGGAGCUCGGCAUAAGCGUUAUCCGGGACUUGCCGGUUGGCGAAAAUCUGAUGGAUCACGUAGGAUUUGGCGGGUUAACGUGGACGGUUAACGACCCGAUAAGCUUGAAAUUGUUGAACCUCAUAAAUCCUGCUUUUCCGUAUAUACGGGACUACAUGUUGAAGCGAUCGGGACCACUUACGGUUCCGGGUGCGUGCGAAGCUCUCGCUUUCAUCGACACCAAAGAUCCAGAGAAACGUAACGGCUUACCGGACAUCGAACUGCUAUUUAUCGGUGGUGCAUUUAAAGGAGAUGUUAUUUUUCCGAUUGUAAUGGGUUUCAAUGAUCAAAUGAGUCAGAUAUGGAAUAAAUACAUCAACAAUUACGGCUGGACUAUAAUACCGAUGCUGCUGAGACCAAAGAGUCGUGGUCGGAUAAGAUUGCUGGCCAACGACGUUAACGUCAAGCCUGAGAUUGUGCCGAAUUACUUUGACGAUCCGGAAGAUGUCGAGACAAUGAUUGCCGGCAUUAAAGCUGCAAUAAGUGUCGGUCAGACGAAAGCGAUGCAGACGUUCGAUUCACGAUUGUCGAACGAUACUUUUCCCGGAUGCGAAAAGUACGAUUAUGAUUCUCAUGCUUAUUGGGAGUGCGCAGUAAGGACGGCGUCUAUCACUAUCUAUCACUUUUCCGGUACAUGCAAGAUGGGACCGAGAGGAGACCCGACUGCUGUCGUCGACCCUAGAUUAAAGGUGAUCGGCGUUAAAGGAUUGCGAGUAGCAGACAGUUCUAUCAUGCCGGAUAUUGUAUCGGCUCACAUCAACAUGCCUAUUUAUAUGAUCGCCGAGAAGCUGGCCGAUAUGAUCAAGGAAGAGUGGGGGUACUUGGCCAAGUCACGAACGUGACGGUACUGCAUUGAGUAAUAAAGGGCAUUCGACUGGUAAAAAUUUUAUUGGACAUUAACAGUUUGCAGUGUAUGACAAAAGUGAAAGUUAAAUAAGUUAUCAGGGGGGGGGGGGUUUAAUUUUUAUUUUAUAAAUUAUCGUUACAGCAAUUAAUAUUUAUUUGUGUGGACUUGCUUUAGAUUUAAUAAUACCUUUUAGGCACUCUAACAUAUUUUUAGUUUAGAAUUAAGAAUCAAACUAGCGUUUAAACUUAUGUUUCGUUCCUGAGAUAUUCUAAAUUAUGUGACGAGCGUUUGCCGUAAUACGUUAUAUAUUUAUUUUGUCGUUUGAUAUAUUCUUCAUCUGGCCUCAUUUCAAUUUUUGCUCAUCAAAUUACUAAAUGGGAUAUAUGUGGUGAGAUCUUGCCAAAGGGCAUUAUUAUGUAUACGAUUUUUAUCACCCUCUCACAAACACACGUUAUGCAUAACACAUAAAUAUUUAUGUCAUCCGCGACUGCUCGUAUGCUGAAAGGUGCGUUAAAAAGCUUAUUAAUUAUUAUUCAUUCAUACUAUAAAGACUGCUUCAUUUACCUUAAGAAUAUGUCACACGUUUUUAAAAACCCUCAUAUUCUUGUCUACAUGCUAACAGUGUGUACGUUUCGCAAAUAUCUUAAACAUAUUAAUGCGUUUUGCUGUUUAUCAUACAAUUCGUUUAAGGCCCAAACACACGAAAAAACUUAACGGGUUACACCAGUCUAGACAGUCUUGCGCAAGAGUAAUUUCGGGAAAUUUUUUUACAUGUAAAACAAAGUUUAAGAUAAAAACUAAUUUUAUGGCUUUAUUAUACAUAUA